GGGCUAUAAAACGUAAACUCCUCCAUAGACCCAGGCCUGUCUGGCGACUAGUGGAGUAUACAACACACUGCACAGACGCAUUGAAAACAAGACGCAUUGAAGCCAUGAAAAGGGGUAUACUGGAACGGCUGGAUGCAGGAGAGGUUGUAAUCGGAGACGGAGGUUAUGUUAUUGCCCUGGAGAGACGCGGUUAUGUGACGGCCGGUCCCUGGACACCAGAGGCCGCUGUGGAACACCCGGAUGCAGUUCGUCAGCUUCACCGGGAGUUUAUGAGGGCAGGGGCCAACGUUAUACAGACCUUCACCUUCUACUGUAGUGACGAUAAGCUGAAGACAGGAGGCAAGGUCACUGACAUCUCAGCAAAUCAAAUCAACGAGGCUGCCUGUGACCUCGCCAGGGAAAUAGCCAAUGAGGGGGGUGCGUUGGUGGCCGGGGGCGUGUCCCAGACCCCCCUCUACAAGGACAAGAGCAGCGAGAGUGAGGUGAAGGCCAUCUUCAAGAAACAGCUGGAUGGCUUCAUCAAAAAGGACGUGGACUUCCUUAUUGUGGAGUACUUUGAGCAUGUGGCAGAGGCAGAGUGGGCAGUGCAGGUCCUGAAGACCAGCGGUAAGCCGGUGGCAGCCACCCUCUGCAUCUCCCCACAGGGCGACAUGGACAACGUCAGCCCAGGAGACUGCGCUGUCAGACUCGUCAAGGCCGGGGCGCAGAUUGUUGGCGUCAACUGCCAUCUGGACCCGCUGACGUGUGUGCGGACGGUGAGCCUGAUGAAGGAGGGGCUGCAGAGGGCCGGGCUCAAGGCCCACCUCAUGGCACAGCCGCUGGGCUUCCACACCCCUGAGUGCAACCACACCGGCUACCUCAGCCUGCCAGAGUUCCCUUUCGCCCUGGAGACGAGAGCGAUGACCCGGUGGGACAUGCAGAAGUACGCCAGGGAGGCCUACAAGGUUGGCAUCCGCUACAUCGGAGGCUGCUGCGGGUUCGAGCCGUACCACAUCAGAGCCCUGUGUGAGGAGCUGGCCCAGGAGAGAGGCUUCCUGCCCCCUGGCUCUGAGAAGCACGGCCUGUGGGGCAAAGUGCUACUGACACACCCCAAGCCCUGGGUCAGGGCCAGGGCUAACCGUGAGUACUGGGAAAACUUGCAUCCGGUGUCAGGGAGACCGAAGUGUGCAUCGGUGGCAACUCCUCAGGACGGAUCGAAGAGUAUCGUAUGAUUAAUCCCGAAAGAAAUCAAGGAUUCCAGCAGCAUACACAUUUACACAAUUCCCAAAUCGUAUCAGCUGUCUGUUGAGUCAAUGUCAAGUAAUCAGUGCUACACAUACGCACCACAUCAAAGAAAAUGUACCACUGCUCCUUACACACACAAGAAAAUGUGAGAAACUGCUGCUGUAUGUACGCACAAGACCAAUCAACCCUUGUAGGUUGUACAUGCAUUAGUGCACACAACACUUGCAUACAAACACGCACGGGCAUGAAGAAUUAGCCUGAAUAUCAUCGACUUUCAAAUCUCUUUGAGACAGAAGCAACGCAGAAGGUGUUGCGUCACUAGGAGUGCGUGGCCUGGCUAAUGAAGAAUAUCAAUGUGUCACUGUGUGUGAUACCCAAACUCUGUAGUUAAGUCACGCAUGGUGCUAUUCUUGUUAGGAAAAUCGUAAAAGAAAAUUAUGUGUGAAAUACUACAAUGAAAUCAUCUGUAAAAUCUGAUUUCUUUGAGUUCUGGGUGUCUAACACUAAAUAAAGUGAACUAUUUAAGAACUCA